GUUGAAGCGCAUUUUCGGACAGUUUGACGGACGAACUUUCCUUACAAUCUUCAAUAGUUUCAUCCGUCCCCAUUUAGAGUACGGAAACAUAGUACUCCUCCGCUCAUUCCAAAAGGACAAGGUCACUUUGGAGCGUAUCCGACGGCGAGCCACGAAAUCAGUUCGAGGACUCAAAUCUAAGCCUUACGAAGAACGCCUCCGUUCACUAGACCUUUACCCACUAGAAUAUAGGCAUCUUAGAGGUGAUUUAAUAAUGGCUUAUAAUAUUCUUAACACUUCUGGACAUCCUCUUAAACACCUACUUAAGCUUAGUUCGAAUAAUAACCUAAGGGUUAACACCCAGAAACUGGAAACACAACAUAGCAAAACGGAAUGUAGACACAACUUCUACUCCUUAAGAGUUGUCAAAAGCUGGAAUUCGCUGCCGGCCGAGCUAGUUCAAGCAACUUCUCAGGAGUCGUUCAAGAGGCAACUUGACCUAUUCUUAAGGACCAAGGACAGCAUCACAUUAUGAUGUUCCUGCCUGGAGGGUUUGGUGAUCCCCUGCUACUAGACACGGAAGCCUGUUAAGUGAAAGCUUCUUCUAUUCCGUCCACAACCAUUUGAACUAUUUGAACCAUUUGAACUGCUGAUUAAAUGUUUGUAGGUACUUUUCAGCGUCACCCAAGGACAACAGUCUGCGCGGAAAGUGGUUACUUCUUGUGAGUGGAUUUCAGUUCAAGGAAUUAGAUAUUUUGAUCGACUUUGAAUUGUCACCUCCUAUGAAUCAUACAAGGGCUUUACACUUUGUUUUCAAAGUGGCCAAUCGUAAUGAAACAGUUGAUUUUUACAAACGGAUUCUUGGAAUGAAGGUGUUACGACAUGAAGAAUUUACUGAAGGUUGUAAAGCUUCAUGUAACGGACCAUAUGAUGGGAAGUGGAGCAAAACCAUGAUAGGUUAUGGACCUGAGGAUAAUCAUUUUGUUGUUGAAUUGACUUAUAAUUAUGGGAUUGGUGCUUAUCAACUUGGUAAUGAUUUCCAGUAUAUUCUUAUUCAUAAUAAGGAUGCAUAUUCAAGAAUUAUCGGUGGAUCAUGGCCUAUCACAUUGAAAGAGUCGAAUUCAGUAAAAGUGGAAGCUCCUGGUGGAUAUGUAUUUUGGGUGCAUAACAGUGAUAGUAACGGGGAUCCAGUUCAAAUGGUGGCUUUAUCUACUUCAAAUCUCAAACGAUCCAUUGAUUAUUGGUCUCAUAAACUUAGUAUGACACUUGUGUCAUCUAGCUCAGAUGAAGCGGUGUUUUGUUAUUCACCAAAUCAGUGUAGUUUAAAACUAAUUUCCAUUCAAAAGCCCAUUGAUCAUGCCAGCGCAUUUGGUCGUAUAGCUUUUGCAUGCCCCACUAGUCAAUUACCAAUCUUACAACAAACAAUGGAUUCACAAAAUGAAACGAUUCUUACUCGUCUAGUCAGCUUGGAUACGCCAGGAAAAGCUACUGUACAAGUGAUUAUUUUAGCUGAUCCAGACGGUCAUGAAAUCUGUUUUGUUGGAGAUGAAGCUUUUAGACAGUUGUCACAAGUGGAUUCACAAGCGGAUAAUCUACUACAAUCAGCUAUAGCCUCAGAUAAAAGUGAUGAAUGGUUCAAUAAACAUGGUGGCAAGACAACGAAAUAAAACGAUCGUUUUCAACUCAUUGAAUCUUGUGUUUACGGUAUCAUGAAUUGUUAUGUGUGGAAUGUCUGAUUUUUUUAUUGUUUAUUUCUCUCCAAUAAUAUACAAUUUUAUACAACA